UCUUAUCUUACCAUACGACCGGUCAAUCGAAAUGGGCUUGUCGGUGAAAUAUUCAGUAUUCGACGAGACACGAUGGGAAAAGAACCGAGAGUACUUGACAUAGUGAUUGUCGGAGGUGGCUUGGCGGGCAGCUUGGCCGCGUGUGCUCUAACGAGGCGAGGUCACCGUGUUCGCGUUUACGAGUAUCGUUCUGACAUUCGCGUGGAGGAGUCUCGAGGACAGAGCAUCGAUCUCGCCCUUUCGAUGCGCGGUCGCGAAGCCCUUCGUCUCGUUGAUCUUGAGGACACCCUCGUUAAUCACCAUGGAAUAGCAAUGCGAGGCCGUAUGCUGCACGAUCGCAAUGGCAAAUUGAGCGAAAUGAUUUACGAUAAAAUUGGAAAUAACUGCAUUUAUUCCGUCAGCCGAAAGUACAUGAACCAAGUUCUGUUGAAUGGCGCUGACGAAUACCCGUGCGUAGAUCUUCAUUUCAACAAGAAGUUGGUGGAUGCAGACCUCGAUAAUGGAAAGUUGAAAUUUGUUGACACUAACACUAAUGAGACAAUCGACGUCGAAGCCGAACUCAUAAUCGGUGCUGACGGAGCCUAUUCCGCAGUGCGAAAAGCGAUGAUGAAGAGAGCGGGAUUCAAUUUUUCCCAAACUUACAUCGAGCACGGUUACGUUGAAAUUACGAUACCAGCCAAAUUUAUCGACGAUCUUCAUCCCGAGAAGGGUCAGGAGUUUGCGAUGAGCAACAAUCAUCUCCACAUCUGGCCACGUGGCUCCUUCAUGAUGAUCGCUCUGCCCAACGACGACUUUACUUUCACCGGAAAUAUAUUUGCGCCUCUCGAUAUUCUCAACGGUCUCGAUACGCCCGAAAAGCUCGUCCAAUUUUUUAAGAAAGAGUUUUUGGACGCACUCCCUCUGAUAGGAGGCGAGCAGGCUCUUAUCGAAAAUUUUUUCGCCACGAAGCCUAAGACGCUGAUUUCCGUCAAAUGCCAGCCGUACAACGCCGGCGCGAAAGCUCUGAUUUUGGGAGAUGCUGCCCAUGCCAUGGUGCCCUUUUACGCCCAAGGGAUGAACGCGGCGUUCGAAGACGUUCUUCUGCUGGAUGACCUAAUGCAAAAAUACGAUUCCGACCCUGAGAAAGUCCUUCCUGAGUUCUCGAAACUUCGGUGCGAGGAUGCACAUGCCAUAUGCGACUUGGCCAUGUACAAUUACAUCGAAAUGCGAGAUCUCGUAACACGAAAAACGUUCAUGCUGCGUCGAGGCAUCGACACCUUUUUACACGCUCUCUGGCCGAAAGGAUGGGUACCUCUCUACAACACGAUCCACUUUUCUCGUAUGGGAUUCCGCGACUGCAUCGCCAACAAGCAGUGGCAGGACAAGGUUUUGCGUACGAGUUUCUGGUGCCUCGGGACUGCUGCUUCGGUGGGUCUGUUACUGAUGGCCAAACUGUCAAUCGAUGCAAUAGAGAAUUAACUUAUUUUUCACUUUUCACUCGAACAUGAUUACCGCAACUGCGUUGUUUUUAUCAUUGUGGCUACGAGAUAAGGAAAAAAUUCUAUGGACGUUUGAUUCCAAACAAUCGAAGCUAAAGAUACAUGAAAACAUUGUCGCAACGACAAAAAAAUUAAUAAAGGUCUUUUCUAAUUAUAA